GGAAUUAUAAGGUACAUUGCAGAUGCAACCACGAGAAGACCGUCGUCAUCUGGCGAUCGCGGUAGUUCAUUUGGCAGUGGUAGUGGUUUCGGAUCUUCAGGUAGUUCAGGAGGCUGCCCGCGUUCGGUCGACGCCUACACACCAAGUUUUGCAUUUUCCUACUUGUUCUCUGGCUCGAAGGUCUACGAGUUAAGCGAUAGACGUGUUCGCAAGGUGAUCACCUACGACAUCCGCGAUCUCUUCCCAGGUGCUCCGUCCCGUGUCGAUGCUGCCGUUUUCAAUCCUAUCGCUGGUAUGAUGCUUCUCAUAGCGAAUAGACAGGUUUACGCCUAUACGUAUUCUCGACUUCGAGGCAACUUCCAACUAGAUUCUAGUUUCCCUAAACGUCUCCCAUCUGACAUAUCGUUUUCGCCAAGUGGGGCCCUGCGAUGGAUCAAUGGACAUCAGAUACUUUUAUCGGACCGCGGCGACGAGUUUGCCGUCUACGAUGAGUUCUGGAAUCAGUCAACAUUGAAUAAUCGGAUAUCAAGCUAUUUCCCCAACAUGCCUUCUAACGUAAAAGGGAUGGAAUCUCCAUCUGGUAGUACUGUCACAAUAUUCACUCCCAAUCAGGUGUAUCAGUACAACGCACGGACGAAACGGGUCGAAUCACAGACGUCACUUUCAAGCUACAUUCAAUGCUAA